AUGGACAUGACAGAUGAGCAGAGGCUUGCUGUUGCACGAGAGCUGUUGCCAGUUCUCAGCAACCUCGCGCAAGUCUUCUUGAAAAGAGGCGACUUUGGCAACGUUGUCAAGGCAGCUCACCUGGGCUUGCGAAAUGUAAACAAGCUGCCCGGCGACGAAGCAGAUAUGUUCAAAGCGAAGCUUCGUUACCGCAGAGCUCUUGCACUUGGGGAGCCAGGUCCGGACCAUAACCUGGAAAGUUCCUUGGACGACUUGCGGGAAGCGGCACGAUUGAUGCCGACAAGUACGGAGAUCCGCAGUUGUCUUCACAAAUGCAAAGAGCUGCUGCACGGAGAGCCUGGUGGGCAUGCCGACGCCAGGGGCGAGGAGAAGCAGGCUUCGAGCCACGGCACCGGUGAUGAGAAGCCACCGGCGCUCUCACCUGCGUUGGAGUUGUUUGCCAAAUGUGUCGGGCGAAGCCUUGCAAAGCUUAUUCAAUGUUGGACAGGCAUACAAAAAGCACGUGGUGGCAGGAUAUGUGCCAACUUAUGGAGACUCGGCUUCGUGGCACUGUCGUCAGUGCUGGUCAUGGCGCUGACUCACAUGCUUCUGGUGAGAUAA